CAGUUCUAUUCUGUUCUAUAGAGUCACUAUGAGUAGGAAUUGACUCAUGGCAAUGGGUUUAUCCCUGCCCUCAAGAAGCUCUCAGUCUAAUGGGGCAUCAAAGUCUGUAUCUACGUAAUAACAAAAUGAAGCAGGAAUCCUUAUGUUCAUAGUGGAAUAGGAUGCUAUGGGAAUACAGAAGACAGAGUAAAAUAUUCUGGGAGCGGAGGGUGGUGGCAGAAAGCUUCCCAGAUGAGGUGACAUUUAAACUGGCCAUUGAAGGAUGAAAAGGAUUUUGCAGGAGGAGGGGUGGGAAGUCUGGCUUUACUCAAAUCAUUUAAGAAGGGGAAAUAGUGAGGUUCUGAUGAUUUCCCUUGAUUAAACAUUUCCAGUUUCUAGCUUCUUUUCCCCAGGCUGCAGCUUCCUUAAACAUCACGCUACUGGUUUCACCUGUGUCCGGUCACCUUGUCUUCUGAUACAGUGGUUGAGCCUCACAUGAGCCUUGUUAGAAACGCAGGUUCUCAGCCCCAAAACAGACCUUCUGAAUCAGAAACUGAUAAUUUCACGGGAUGCAUAUUCCAGGUCAGCAGCCGCUUCUAACAGGCUCAGAAGCUUUGAGGGCAAAAGCAGAGGUUUAUAACAAUCUGAAUUGCAUUCAGUGCUGUCCGGGAGGGUUUGGACGACUCCUCCGUGCUUUGGGAAUGGCCUACAGGGUCGGUAUAAGUCAGAAUCGACUCGACGGCAGCGAGUUUUUGGGAGUGAGGCUGGUCCCAUGGAAGGGACUCGCCAUGUCCGGGAGUGAGGCUGGGCCCAUGGAAGGGACUCGCCAUGCAGCCCCCCAGGCAGAUCGGUCGCGUCGCCCUCUCGGGCAGUUUCUUUAAGGGCCGUGCGAGAUCUUGGGGGAAGGGUGCUGGCCACAGUUCCCUGAACCAGUCGCAGUUUUUUUCCCCCAGAGCAAACUGAUUAGGAACCUUCGCUUAGAAGCCCCGGGGUGGCCAUGCGGGUAUGCCGGCCUCCUUUAUUAUGCAAGUGAGCGAUGCAGCCCCUUGGGGGCAAUUGGGCCGGAGCGCCACUCCCAACCCCUUGGUGGAGAGGGGCCGUCACAAGGACAGCUUGGUCAGGUGACGCUGUGGGGCCGAUUUAGCCGGAGACGCGGAAGGAGCCCGCGGGAGAGUGCAGAGCGUGCGUUCGGAUGGCCGGCCCGGCGGACACGCGGUGCCCGGGGACCGCCCGUCUCGCACUCCAGCUGCUGCUGCUGCCGCUGCUGCUGCCGCCACCCGCGCGCCCUGCCGCCGGCGCCCAGCGCUACGAGCCCACCUGGGAGUCCCUGGACGCCCGCCCGCUCCCGGCCUGGUUCGACCAAGCCAAGUUCGGCAUCUUCAUCCACUGGGGCGUGUAUUCCGUGCCCGGUUUCGGUAGCGAGUGGUUCUGGUGGUACUGGCAAGAGAAACAGAUACCAGAGUAUGUGAAAUUUAUGAAACAUAAUUACCCUCCUGACUUCAAAUACGAAGAUUUUGGACCACAAUUUACAGCACAGUUUUUCAAUGCCAGCCAGUGGGCAGAUCUUCUUCAGGCUUCUGGUGCAAAAUACAUGGUCUUAACUACCAAACAUCAUGAAGGCUUUACCAUGUGGGGUUCGAAGUACUCAUGGAACUGGAAUGCUGUAGAUGAAGGGCCAAAGAGGGACAUUGUCAAGGAACUUGAGGUAGCCAUUAGGAACAGAACUGACUUGCAUUUUGGACUGUACUACUCCCUUUUUGAAUGGUUUAACCCGCUGUUUCUUGAGGACAAAUUCAGUUCAUUCCACAAGCGGCAGUUUCCGGUUUCUAAGAUGUUGCCUGAGCUCUAUGAGUUAGUGAACAACUACUGGCCAGAGGUGCUGUGGGCUGAUGGUGACGGAGGGGCACCAGAUUCCUACUGGAACAGCACUGGCUUCCUAGCCUGGCUGUAUAAUGAAAGCCCAGUUCGGGACACAGUAGUCACCAAUGAUCGUUGGGGAGCUGGGAGCAUCUGUAAGCAUGGUGGCUACUAUACCUGCAGUGAUCGUUAUAACCCAGGACAUAUUUUGCCACAUAAAUGGGAAAACUGUAUGACAAUAGACAAGGUUUCUUGGGGCUAUAGGAGGAAUGCUGGAAUCUGUGACUAUUUUACAAUCGAAGAAUUGGUGAAGCAACUUGUAGAAACAGUUUCAUGUGGAGGAAAUCUUUUGAUGAAUAUUGGGCCCACACAAGAUGGCACAAUUUCCCCAAUUUUUGAGGAGAGAUUAAGGCAAAUGGGGGCCUGGCUAAGUGUCAAUGGAGAAGCCAUUUAUGGAACCCACACUUGGAGAUCCGCAAAUGACACUGUCACCCCAGAUGUGUGGUACACAACCAAACCUAAAGAAAAUUUGGUCUAUGCCAUUUUUCUUAAAUGGCCCACAUUAGGACAGCUGCUUCUUGGCCAGCCCAAAGCUAUUUGGAAUUCAACAAUGGUAAAACUACUGGGAUAUGGACAGCCACUUAAAUGGACUUCCUUGGAACCAAAUGGCAUUGUGGUAAAACUGCCACAGCUAACCAUUAGUCAGUUUCCCUGUAAAUGGGGCUGGACUCUAGCACUGACCAAUGUGAUCUAAUGUGCAGCAGAAUGCCCCAUGCUGCAUGUAUGUCUAAGACUAGAAAACGGUAGGUUUCUAUGAUUGUUGCACACGGAGAAAACAAAUGUAAAAUUGGCCAAGAAAACUCAAGUAAUUAUUUAGGCAAUUCAACUCUCUUUUCCCUUUUCUCCCUAAAUUCUUUUCUAAAUUGCACAUGUAACUGUUUUAAUUCUUCAGUGCACUUUGCCAUUAAAGUCUUUCCACAAUGAA